UCCCUGUUGUUUUAUUCUGGCCAGACCAGCCAGACCGGCCCUAACAAUAUGGCGGCAUCUCAGAAGUCCCGAAACGGCAUCUAGUGUAUAAAUAUCUAUGGACGUCAGCUGGCUCCGCGUCAGACAGGAAAUUACAGUCUUUACUAAGGGUGUUACAGCUCAGGUCGAAUUUCUCAAUCAGUAUUUAAUACGUGUGUAGGCUUUAAUGGCAUGUAACGAGAGCAGGACAUUAGACUCCCUUGCCACACGGACAGACAUUUACCAGCGUAACGAUGGCUGCCGAAAACGUGAGUGUGUUCUUCAAAGUGUAUUGUCUGACAGUGAUGACACUGGUAGCAGCCACAUACACAGUGACACUGCGCUACACAAGGAUCAACUCAUCCGGAGAUAUGUACUUCUCCACAACUGCAGUGUGCAUCACUGAAAUCAUUAAAUUAAUACUGAGUCUGGGGAUGUUGGCAAAGGAAACAGGAAGCAUCACCAAACUGAAGACGUCCAUAGUGCACCAUGUGUUCUUCAGCCCGAAAGAGCUGAUGAAGCUGAGUGUCCCCUCUGUGGUGUACGCCAUUCAGAAUAACAUGGCCUUUCUUGCCCUGAGCAACCUUGACGCAGCAGUCUAUCAGGUACUCGUACUGAUUUCUUUCUGAUGUUCAGAUACUACUACAGCACCAUGUACCAAAAGGCUAUUGGACAAGCUGAAUGCUAACUUAAAGUGGGCUAGAAUGNNCAUGCUCUGCGGGGGUGUUAUACUCGUCCAGUGGAAGACCGCAGAGACCACUAAAGUUCAGAUUCAGCAAAACCCUCUUCUUGGAUUCAUUGCCAUCGCCAUUGCAGUCUUUUGCUCUGGAUUUGCAGGUGUGUACUUUGAGAAAGUGUUAAAGAGUUCGGACACGUCUCUGUGGGUGAGGAACAUCCAGAUGUACCUAUCCGGCAUCGUGGUCACCCUGAUCGGUGUUUACAUGAAUGAUUCUGAAGAAAUCCUGGAAAAAGGCUUCUUUUUUGGUUAUACACCAUUGGUGUGCUUUGUUGUAUUCCUGGCCAGCGUUGGAGGUCUGUACACGUCAGUGGUGGUGAAAUACACAGACAACAUCAUGAAGGGCUUCUCUGCUGCUGCCGCCAUUGUCGUCUCAACUGUGGCAUCCGUUAUCUUGUUUGGACUACAGAUAACAAUCACAUUUGCCUCUGGAGCCAUCCUUGUGUGUGUUUCCAUCUACCUGUAUGGACUUCCAAAGACGGACACGUCCAAGCUGAGCCAGCAAGGCACAGAGAAGGAAUUCAUAAGGAAACCGAGCACGGUGUGAGUCACUGAACUGCAGUGGAGAAAUCUCUCUUGCUGGUGGACAGGUUCUGUUUUGGGGCCACCUUUUCUGGGGAUGUAACAGAGCUCCCCACUGAAGGGAUUAUUUUUUUUUAUGAUCUCUCAGGUGGGUUGACACUGUUCAGGUCAUCUCACGGAUGGGAGCUUUUGUGCCACUUUAACAUAGAACUCCUCUUUCAAUCCAGCCUAGUACCACCCACAUGGCACUGGUGCCAGAAUUAUGAGCUCUAGAUAAAUUGAAGAAACGUUUGUUGAAAGCUGAUGGGGGUGAAGCAGCGAUAGCUAGUAAGAAGACUUGUUACUCUUAUUUUGAUGCCCCCUCCCCAUUGUACACAGUAUUAACUCCUUCCAAUGAAGUAUUUUUUAAAAUGUUCAGUAAUUCUUGUCUUGUCACAUUGUUUUUGAAAGUAAUUUUAUUAAAACUUGUUUAAUCCUC